AUCCGGCCUGCCAGUGGCACCGUUCAAAGAGCUCCGCAUCACCAGCACUGUGAUGAAGGGAGACAGCUAUGGUGGAGCCCGCAGGCCUGGUGUGAUGGAGGUGAUGCAUAACCUGGAUUACUGUGAUGUGCUUGUAAUUGGGGAGGAACUGAAUCCUGAGAGAGAGAGUCUGGGGAUUCAUCACAGCGCUGUGUUGGGAAAACACCUCGAUGCCACCAACUCUACCUCUGGAAUAUCAAUUUAUGGCGUGGACUCCAUGUCCCACUAUGAGCAGGCACUGAGACAGUUGCGCUACAGGAACUGGCGACCUGCCACUCUGAGACGGGGAUUCACCUGCUCUGAACUUAACGGGCGUUACACCAGCAACGAGUUCAAUUUGGAGGAGCAGCACCUCCUGCUGCCACAGCAGUUAUUGUGGUUUGCAUCGCUGCCCUAG